AUGACUAGAGAUGGUGGUACCAGAAAGAGGAGAGGUGGUGCAGCAACAUCAGCUCCAACAUCAACUACUGUUGAACCAUCUUCAGUUGCCACUGCAUCAACUUCAACUGCACCAGUAGAACAAGGUCCUGCAAAAAGAGGAAGAGGAGGUAGGGGUAGCAGAGGUGGAAGAGGAGCUGCUACUGUACCAGCUGAACCUGUUGUUCAAGUUCAAGCAACUACAAUUGUUGCCUUCGGAAGAGGACUUGCUACUACCAAUGCAAUAGGUGGUAAACCUAGAGGAAGGGAUCUAGAUCCAAUGCAAGGGGCAGGCUUGUGCAUAGAAGAAAUGGCGAGAUUCUUGGUGUUGGUAUUCAAUACUGGCAGAGGGGGUGGCAGAGUGGGUGGCGGAGGAGGUGGCCUGGUGACAAGAGGUGGUGGUAUAUUUUCAUCAACAUCUGGAAGGGGAAGUAGGAGGUUGAUGGACUGGUUUGGCACACCUGAGCAGUGGGACAAUGAUGAAAACUAA